CAGCGACCAUAGCACCCAACAAGAAAGAGAGCAAGAAAGAUUGAGAGACGAGAGAGAGGCGUAGUCACGUAAAUUAGCUUUAUAGCAAGCAAGCUCCCAGUCUCGUCUUCUCACUCUGCCACUACCUUCACUUCUCCCUCCUUUGGAGUUACCAUUAUCCCCCAGAAUUAGGGCCUUUUCAUUUAUCUCAAAUAUGAACAAACUAGGAAGAGGACAUCGUGACAAACUUCAGCAGUUUAUGCAAAUAACUGGUGUCAGUGAAAAGGUUGCUCAUCAAGCACUGAAGGCUGGUGAUUGGCACCUAGAAGGAGCACUUGAUGUAUUCUACAGUCAGCCUCAGAUCAAGUCAUUUACUGAUUCUAAGCAUUUGGAGGAGCUUUUUAACCAAUAUAAAGAUCCUUAUGGUGACAUGAUAAUGGCUGACGGUAUCACUAAUCUCUGCAAUGAUAUUAAGGUUGAUCCUCAAGAUAUUGUCAUGCUGGUUAUCUCCUGGCAUAUGAAGGCUGCAACAAUGUGUGAAUAUUCAAAACAAGAAUUCAUUGGUGGAUUGCAAGCACUAGGGAUUGAUUCCCUGGAGAAGCUCAAGGAAAGGGUACCAUACAUGCGUUCUGAGCUGAAAGAUGAACAAAAGUUUCGUGAUAUAUACAUCUUUGCGUUUGGGUGGGCUAAGGAGAAGGGUCAGAAGUCUUUGGCAUUGGAUACAGCAAUUGGGAUGUGGCAACUACUAUUCGCUGAAAGGCCGUGGCCACUAAUUGAUAAUUGGUGUCAGUUUUUGCAGGACCGGCAUAAUAAGGCUAUUUCGAGAGACACCUGGGCUCAACUACUGGAGUUUGUGAGAACAGUAGAUCCACAGCUGUCUAAUUACGAUGCCGAAGGUGCUUGGCCGUAUCUCAUUGAUGAAUUUGUUGAAUAUUUAUACGAGAAUGGUGUCCUCCAAAGAAGUUAAUGAUGGCAAAAAGAUGACCAUAGGUCAAUUGGACAGAUUCUAUUGGGGAAGUUUACGUUGUUUCUCAGAAUUAUUUGAACAAUUGAACCCUGUUGCUCCAUUCUACUCUUAGCAGUAUUCAACUGGGGUGGAAAUAGCACAUCGGAAGAACGAGCAUUUUGUACGUCUGAAAGUGCGUUGUCCUCUCGUAUUGUUCAUAUGGUGUCUGUAUCCUGUACCUGAAUAAAUAAUUGGGCUUCUCAGGAGAUUCACUGUUGUUAAAUCUAUUCAUAUUUGGGACUUUUGGGUCAACAUGUGCUGUCGUGUUUCGAGAAAUUAAAUGUGCUGUCAUGUUUCUGUAACUGAAUCCAGUAAGAGUUCCUCUCCUGCAUCUCAGGCUGUGGGAGCAUUAUUUUCGUACUUUUUUUAGGAGUGUUUUGUGGCAAAUUUAGAAGGGUGCUAUAGGAUGCAUCUUCAGCCAUUUGUUUAGUCAAAAACACAUUUUUUGAAGUUGAUUGCAAGGCAAUGCUGAUUAAGCAUAA